AUGCCGCCGGUUCGCUACCGGAAAGUGCUCAUCCUCGGGUACCGUGCCGUGGGCAAAACCUCCUUGGCCCACCAGUUCGUGGAGGGGAAGUUCGUGGAGUGCUAUGAGCCCACGGUGGAGAGCACCUACAACAAGAUGGUAGUGGUGGGCAAGGACGAGUUCCAGCUUCAGCUGGUGGACACAGCUGGGCAGGACGAGUACACCAUCCUGCCCCACUCCUUCAUCAUUGGCAUCCAUGGCUAUGUCCUGGUGUACUCAGUGACGUCCCUGCGGAGCUUCCAGGUGGUGAAGACUCUUCACAACAAGCUGUAUGAGAGCAGGGGCAAAACACGCAUGCCCGUGGUGCUGGUGGGGAACAAGGCAGACCUGUCCCUGCAGAGCCGGGAGGUGAGGACGGAUGAAGGGAAGAAGCUGGCAGAGUCGUGGGGAGCCAUCUUCUUGGAGUCCUCAGCCAAGGAGAGCCAGGUGACCCAGGGGAUCUUCACGAAGAUCAUUGAGGAGAUCGACCGAGUGGACAACUCCUAUGGCAGAUCAAGCGGCUGCCACCUGAUGUGA